UAAGGUGGUUCGCGACCCUCCUUCGAACCAAAAAGGAUUCCGCCGCAUGUUUUAUCAUGUUUAUACAAAUGCCGAGUGGGGCAUCCCUAUCUUGCCUCCCGAGGAAGGGCCUAGGUUUCGAUUGAACCAGACGGUUCCCGAGAUGUCUCGAAAAGAGGCCAUUGUGGCGAUCUAUCUUACCACCACCCCGAGGACGGAGUCGGGAGAUCUAGCUUAUGUGCCCUCCAACUGGUUGCCUACCCGUCAUACCAUCCGGGACGAGAUGUUCCUGGCGGCUGUAGGCUUGAGUUGUAGCUGCGACAAGGGUAAUUUUCUUCCAAGCCUUUCUGAACUGCCUUUUAAUGCUAAAGAUUUGACGUUUGUUUGUUUCAGGUGUUGCCCGAGCUCGUUUGGAUCCGGCGAUGGCUGAACACUUCACCGAUGGAGCUGACUUGGCUGCGAGACUCAUGGCGGAGCUUGAUGCAGAGAUCAUGUCGGUGCCACCACCUCCUAAGGAUACCGAGACCAAGAAAGCCAAAAAGCCCCAUGUUCGCUCCCGAAAGCUGAAGGGAGAUGUGGAGAAGGCUCAGGCUGCUGAGAAGGCGGCCUCUGAGAAGGUGGCCUCUGAGAAGGCGGCUUCCAAGGUGUCUGAGAAGGCAUCUUCGGGGGUCUCCUCUGGAAGUAAGCGUAAGGUCGGGAGCUAUCCCGAGCAAGCCCUGGGGGAUUUUGAGGAGCCUCUCCAGAAGCGCUCCCGAAUUGAGAAGUUCGGGAUCGACCUUCCUAUUACUGAACUGAGCUCUGCCCAGAAGAUGGCUCGGGUAAGGGCAGCUGUCAAGGACAUCUAUACCGAUGCUGAUGACAAGGCCAUGCUGGAUUUGGGCCUAGGAGAGAUCAAUGCCUUAUACGAAUCAUGGCUUGAGACCUCCAUCCGCAUGACGUCGGUGAUAAAUCGACGCUCUCAGUUCGAGCACGGUGUUAAUGACCUUAAAGGUCAAGUUGAGGGCCUUAACAAGACUGUCACGGACCAUGAAGCUGAGAUUCUUCGCCUCGACACCGAGCUUAAUUCCCAAAAGGAGACUUUCGAGGAGGCCUCGAAGGCGGUGAAUGAGCACAAGGCGCUGUUGGAGAGCAAAAAGAAGUUAGUGGCAGAUCUGGAGACCGUCACCCUCGCGCGCAAUACUGCGCAGAAGGACCUUGCUGAGGCGAAGGUGAAGCUAGCGAAGUCGAAGAAGAAGAUUCGUCACCUCGACCGUAAGCUGAAGGAAGCUUCUUCCCAGGCGCAGGUCGAGCAUGGCAAGUUCCUCGAAAGCUGGAAGAGGUCUCCCGAGGGACUCGACUUCAUUGGUCAGAUGGCUUCCCGUUCUUAUGCUAUGGCAGUUCGGGAUACUAAGGAACGCUUGAAGGGCGUACUGACGGGUCCCGACUCCACCUUGGACUGGAGUGGAGUGGAGGCGGCCUACAAUGCCCGUAUUGCUGAGGAGCAGCGAUUGAAGGCUGCGGCGGUUGCUAAGAAGGAUCCUCCUUCCUCCUCUGCUUCUAAGGCGCCCCUUUCGUCUGCUUCCAAGGCUUCUGAGGCCCCGACAGUCGAGCCUGAGAAUCCCGAGGCCGAUGCUGAGCCCGAGGCCGAUGCCGACCCCGAGGAUCCCUUGUCUGAGGGCUCUCAUGAGGAGGACGGCACUGGAAGCACCGAUAGCUCCCCAAUUAAAACUGCCGCUGCUUAACUCUUUUUGUUUUUAGACUUGCAUGUACUGAAUCCUGAGUGUUCUCGGGUUAUGUUUUUGUGGUUCCUGAGAGUCUGUUCUCGGGACCUUUAGGCUGUAACUUUUUAAGCUUUAUGAAUGGAAGUACUUUCUUGAUUCAUCUUUUGCCUUUCCCGUGUUAUGUCAUAAAUGUGCAUCAUUCGUUGCAAUUAUAAGAAUUGUCAAUCUUUUCAUUACUGUUGCAAUGAUACCGAGCUCUAAUAAGGUAUUGCUAGUGGCCCCGAGUUGUAACGAAUGAUAAAACCGACGGCUCAAUUGUGGCCAAGGCGGCUUUAGUCAAUGUUAAAGACUCAAAAAGGGGACUGGCGAGUACCCCGAGCUGGCUUGCAAUUUGAUUACAGAAAUGGCUCAAGUGUGGCCAUGUUAGCACUUUGAUUACAGGAAUGGCUCAAG